GGGGGGCGGUGGCGGCGGGGUGUCCGGGUGUCUCUCUAUAUAAGCUGCGGCUUGCAGCUGUCAGGCGGCGGCGGGCACCGAGCGGCUCUCGAACUGCACCAAGCAAGUGAAGAAAAGUGACCAAAUGGCUCACGCGUGGGGUUACGCCGCCGACAACGGUCCGGACAAGUGGUCCGCCAGCUUCCCCAUCGCCGACGGCCCCCGCCAGUCGCCCGUCGACAUCGAUCCGGGCCAGGCGGCGUUCGACGGCUCGCUGCAGCCGCUCAGCCUCAAGUACGACCCGAACACCUGCUUGGACAUCCUCAACAACGGACAUUCCUUCCAGGUCACCUUCCUGGACGACCAGGACAGCUCCGUUCUGAGCGGCGGGCCGGUGUCGGGGGUGUACCGGCUCAAGCAGUUCCACUUCCACUGGGGGGCCUCGGACGACAGGGGCUCGGAGCACACGGUGGCCGGGAACAAGUACCCCGCCGAGCUCCACCUGGUCCACUGGAACACCAAAUACGCCGACUUCGGAGAGGCCGCCGGCAAAGCCGACGGACUGGCCGUGGUGGGCGUUUUCCUGCAGAUUGGGAAUGAAAAUGCCAGCCUCCAGAAGGUUCUGGACGCCUUCAACGCCAUCAAGACCAAAGGCAAGCAGACGACGUUCAAGGGCUUCGACCCGGCCAGCCUGCUGCCGGCCCGCCUGGACUACUGGACCUACGAGGGCUCCCUGACCACGCCCCCUCUGCUGGAGAGCGUCACCUGGAUCGUGUGCAAGGACCCCAUCGGCGUCAGCCCGGCUCAGAUGGCCAAAUUCCGCAGCUUGCUGUUCUCGGCCGAGGGCGAGCCCGAGUGCCGCAUGGUGGACAACUACCGGCCCCCGCAGCCCCUCAAAGGGCGCCGGGUCCGAGCUUGCUUCAAGUGAAGCGGCGCCGCCCGCCCGCCGGUGACGACGCCGACGUCUUUUUUUUUUUUUUUUUGCACCGUAAUCAAACUUUCACUUUCCUCCAAGAUAGCCAACAACAACUUUGGAGCGCCAGAAGAAUCGGCUGGAAAUUUGCAUCACGCCCAGAAAUUCUGAUUGGAAUUUGUUUUUGAUGCUUUUUAAUAUUAAAAGUUUCAUUUUAAUGCCAAAAAAAAAAAAAAAAAAAUUAACUGGAUUUUGGUUGCAGAAUUUUGGAAAUAUUUUUAAGUCAAAUUGUGUGAUGUUGAGCCUUUGCUAGAUGCCAAAUGUUUAAAGUUGCAAUAUUUUGAUGGUACAGAUUGAAAUUCAAACUCCCCCCCCCAAAAAAAAAAAAAAGUACAAUUUUUUUUUUUUUUUUUUACUCCAUGUGUUUAUAUUCUGUUUGAAAAAGAAAAAAAAUGACAUGAUGGGCAAAUUCCGAUUGCAACUGAAGACGACGCGGCCAUCCUGCCCCCCCCCCCCCCAAAAGCUCCUCUUUUUCUCUUAUUUCUCAACUCAUGUACUAAAUCAUCGUGAUUCCUAUUUUUAGAUGCCUUAUUCCAAUAAUUUAAAACCGUCCAGAAGUUGUCUUGUCAUUUUGUUCUUCUAUAUUUAGAAAGUGGACAAUUGACUAAUGGAAUAAAUCACUUUGAAAACGA